AUGCUGAUGAUUGUCACAACUUUACGUAAUCGUGAUAAUGAAAUUAAACAUUUAAAAUUAACUCUUCGUCAAGUACGAGAUAAAUUAACAUCAGGUCAAUUAUCUCAUGAUAAUCGUUGGAAAAGUUGUAGUGAAGAUAUUGGACAAAAUUUAUCCACUAGAAAAUUAAAUCGAUCUUCAUCUCCAAAAAAACGUUGUACAUCUCCUCCAGUUCGUGAUAAUACAUUAUCACCUCCAUUAGAUAUUACAUAUUUAAAAACAAAAAUUCAUACAUUAACAGAUCGUUUAGAAAAUGUUCAACAAUUACUUGUUCAACGUGAUGAACAAAUAUCUACAUUAAAAAAAGUUCAUGAUAAACGUUGGUUACGUCUUAAACAUUUACAAAAACAAUAUCGUUCACUUAAAGAUGAAUUACAAUCUUAUACUGACGAUGAAUUAAUACAAAAACAAACAAAAAAUGAUUAUUUUUAUGGUAAAGCUAUAAGAAAAACUAGAUCUGGUUGUUCUGUAUGUCAUAAUCAACGACAAAGAAAACAAAUAGGUAUAAAUAAAAAAAUAUUUAAACAAGAAGAUGAUGAUAAUGUUUGGAAUGAAAUAACAAAAUUAAAACGUGAAAAUACAAGAUUAAUUAAUGAAAAUUUAAGUUUAAAUGAAAAAAUUGAUUUACAAGAAGUUGAAAUAAAUGAACAAACAAUUGUUAUUAAUGAACUUCGUAAUGAAAUUCAAUUAUUAAAUAAUAAAAAUGAACAAACUCAAUUAAAAAUUUCAUCAUCAUCAUUA